GCGACACGGAGCAAAAUGUCGGAGCAGGGUUGCACCGUCAACGACUCGACCUUCCAUCGGCUUUUAUGACCCGCGGUUAAGCCGCUGUUUACAUGUAUUUAUUAAUUGCUUCUGUGAAGUUAACUUAUUAAAAGUUUUUUCUUUCUUCGAUGGAAAGAUGGAUGUUACUCCUCCUUAGUGCCUACAGAAAAGAUUUUGCACCCUGUGACCCAGAUGAAGGGAGAUGGGAAGGAGACCUGGUCCAAACUUGGUCAGUGCCACUUUGUACCCAAUCCCAGCUGUCUAAAUCUCUGACAGUCCACUAGCACUAUGCUAGUCAUCCAUUAGCACUGAAACGGAAUCCAGACCAACUUUCAGAAUGCCUGUGCAAGCAUCACAGUGGACAGAAUUCCUCUCCUGUCCUAUCUGCUACAAUGAAUUUGAUGAGAAUGUGCACGAACCCAUCAGUUUAGGCUGUGGGCAUACUGUCUGCAAAACUUGCCUGAACAAACUACACCGCAAGGCGUGUCCUUUUGACCAGACCGCCAUCAACACAGACAUCGAUGUUCUUCCUGUGAAUUUUGCACUUCUGCAGUUAGUUGGCGCACAGGUCCCAGACCAGCAGACUGUGAACCUGAGUAACUUGGCUGAAAAUAAACAUUACGAGGUUGCAAAGAAGUGUGUGGAGGAGCUGGCACUCUACUUGAAACCUCUUAGUGGAGGAAAGGGUGUUGCAAGUCUAAAUCAGAGUGCACUGAGCAGACCAAUGCAGCGAAAACUGGUUACCUUGGUUAACUGUCAGUUGGUAGAGGAGGAAGGACGUGUGCGAGCAAUGCGAGCAGCAAGGUCACUUGGGGAACGAACGGUUACUGAACUCAUUCUGCAGCAUCAGAAUCCCCAGCAGUUAUCAGCCAAUUUGUGGGCUGCAGUCCGGGCCAGAGGUUGCCAGUUUUUGGGACCAGCUAUGCAGGAAGAAGCUCUUAAACUGGUCUUGCUUGCAUUGGAAGAUGGGUCAGCACUCUCUAGGAAAGUGCUGGUUCUCUUUGUCGUUCAGAGACUUGAACCACGAUUUCCUCAGGCAUCCAAAACUAGUAUUGGUCAUGUCGUACAACUCUUGUACCGUGCUUCAUGUUUCAAGGUUACAAAAAGGGAUGAAGAUUCUUCUCUGAUGCAACUGAAAGAAGAGUUUCGUACUUAUGAAGCUUUGCGCAGGGAGCAUGAUGCACAGAUUGUUCAUAUCGCCAUGGAGGCAGGACUUCGAAUUUCCCCUGAACAAUGGUCUUCCCUUUUGUAUGGAGACUUGGCACAUAAAUCACACAUGCAGUCUAUCAUUGAUAAGCUCCAAUCUCCAGAAUCUUUUGCAAAGAGUGUGCAGGAAUUGACUAUUGUCCUGCAGCGGACAACAGAUCCAGCUAAUCUGAACAGGCUACGAUCUCAUCUUGAACUCUUAGCUAAUAUAGAUCCAAACCCAGAUGCUGCAGCUCCAACAUGGGAACAACUAGAAAAUUCAAUGGUAGCUGUAAAGACUGUUGUUCAUGGGCUUGUGGAUUUCAUCCAGAACUUCAGUAAAAAAGGUCAUGAAGCACCACAACCACAGCCAAACAGCAAAUAUAAAACCAGCAUGUGCCGAGAUCUUCGACAACAAGGAGGUUGUCCUCGUGGUGCCAAUUGUACCUUUGCUCACUCCCAAGAGGAGUUGGAAAAGUAUCGGAUGCGGAAUAAGAAGAUUAAUGCUACAGUCAGGCCCUUCCCUCUAUCACAAGCGCUUCAGAACAAAGUUGGAAUUGCCAAUAUAGUCACAACAUCUGCAGGAAAUAUAGUCUCUGUAACAGGAUCCACUGAAACCACUGUGAAAAUGGUACAGGCAACAAAUGGGAUAAUUAGUCCAGAAAGUACUACGCCACAACUAAUACCACGAUGUGCAGAUACCUCAGCUUCUUUGGAGAAUGCUAAGAAAAUUGGACAAAACUGUCUGAGCACACCUGGAUCACUAUCUGGUUCACCAACAGAAAAUAAAAUUGGUUCACCUCCCAAGACUGUUCUCAACCAGGUUCUCCCUACUUCAGCUGUUAUGUCAUCACAUAUUGGACCAGAUGCCACUUCCCUAUCCUCUGCAAAAUCUGUGUCAAGAGUGUCGGUGUACCCAUCUCAGCAACCUGAUUUGUAUUAUCAGGACCCCAGAGCAACUGUUUCCUAUGAAUUGCCUGCAUACCAACAACCAGGAGGAUAUUAUCCUCCACAUACUGGUCUACCUUCUGGUGUGUCUCCUUGCCUUCCGCGCUACGUACGUCCUAACAGUAUGCCAGAAUCUCCUCUUCCACCCACUGUGCCAUAUACUGACCACUACAAUGCAUAUCCACCUCGAGAACGACUAGCAUCUUCACCUUACCCAUCAGGCCCUCCCCAGCAGUAUGGUUCAGUUCCUGCAGUCCCUUCUGGAAUGUAUGCACCAGUGUAUGAUAGCAGGCGCAUGUGGAGGCCACAGAUGUAUCCACGGGAUGAUGUCAUGCGGAGUAAUUCUUUACCUCCAAUGGAUGUAGUACCUUCAGCUACUUACCAGCAUCCUCCACGAGAAAGAUACAGCUCACUUGAUGGAUAUUAUUCUAUGGCUGGACAACCAUCAAAUGAACAGAGGAGUGUUGCCAUGCAGAGGGAUGCAUUCAGCCGGAUACAGCAGCCAGGCUUUGAUGACCUGUUAAGACGGAAACCAGACCAAUGGACGCAGUAUUCCACUCAGAAACCACCACUUGUCUCUUCUGCUUUGUCUACGGUAGCCCAGCCCUCUGCUCCUCCAUCCCCCUUGUUCAGUGUAGAAUUCAACUCCGAGUUUUCUGAGAAUACCAGUGACUUGUGUGUGGGCACUAAAUUUGAUGAUGACAGCAUGUCCCAUUACUCGCCAUGGUCUUGUGGGACUAUCAGCUCUUGUAUUAGUGCAAUGGAGUCUGAUCCAAAGGAUGUCAUGGCAACCACCAAUGUAGAGAUAUUGGACCUUAAUGUGAAAAGAAGUCUAAAUCUGUUUGGCCCUCAAAAAAGGGGAAAAGAUGAAGAUCCCAUAAUUCCGUUUGGUGACGGACCGAUCAUCUCUAAAUGGGGUGCAAUUUCUAGGUCUGCCCGCACAGGUUAUAAUAACACAGACCCAGUCCAAGCUACAGCUUCCCAAGGAAGUGCUACAAAGCCAAUUAGUGUAACAGAUUAUAGUCCACAUGUGAGUCACGCAGAUUCUAGUAGUUGGACUUCCCAUGCUCUUUCAUAUGGAUCAAAUUCAACCACGGGUCAAUUCCUAAACAGGGACAGAUUGAUGGACAUUUCUGCCCCUAGGCAACAUCCUAAUGGUGGAGAUCAAUUAAGUAUUGAGCUACAACAGAGGGAAUUUACAGAAGUUUCUGCAGAUGACCAGAUAUAGAAUUGGAGCUUUCUGCUUUGGAUACUGAUGCUGACCAAGAUGAAGGAAUAGAGGAUGUUCUGGUUAUUGGCUCCCAAGGAGAUCUGACUGAUGACAUAAUGUCCGAAAAUGGCCAUCAUAAGCACCAAGGUAAAGAACAGGAGGAGCAGGGACGCAGGAUUGCAGAGCAGAUUGCGAU